AUGAAUAUAACCACAUUAUCUAUAUUAUUUAUUGUUGUAUAUCUUGUACUGGAUUUUAUUCAUAAGAAUAAAAAACUAUCAAAGUAUGAUCCACCAGGUGCUACAGCCUUAUCUUUACUUGGUAAUCUACAUCAAAUUGGAUCACAACCUCAUAAAGGUCUAGAGAACAUGGCAAAGAAAUUUGGUCCAGUCUUUAGAUUCUGGAUUGGCGAUCGUUAUGCAGUGGUGUUGUCCGAUCCCAAUAUCAUCAAAGAGAUCAAUGUGAAGCAGUUUGAUAAUUUUACCUAUCGAGCUAUUUCACCUACCUUCGAUGUAAUGAGUCGAUGGUCUGCUGAUUUAACUCUGGCUCGAGAUGAAAGAUGGCACCAUGUCAGAAAGUUAAUGUCCAAUGCCUUCACUAAGACAAAGUUGAGAGCUUACACUAUUGUAAUUGAUGAGCAGCUCGAUCAUCUAAUGUUGCAGAUGAAUAAUUUCAUGAAGAACAAACAACCAUUCUACCCAAGGAAAUAUUUGCAUAAGUAUUCACUCAAUAUGAUAUUGAGUAUGAUGUACUCUGAGGAGAUACCUCAAGAGGAGGGGCAGGAGGGUAGGAUGGCUACAUUGUUCCCGCCCAUGGAAAUUAUUUUGAAACAACUUGGAACUGCCAACUUGGGUGAUUACAUCAAUAUCUUGAGACCUCUACGAGCACUCAAUUACAAAAUAUUCGGGUCAGAAACGGAAAAGUUAUACCAAAUCUCCGAGAAGAUCUACAUUGAACAUGUUGAAACACUGAUGAGAAUAAGCCCUAGAGACCUGUUGGACAACUUGAUCAUUGACUCAAAGGGAGAGGAGGAUAAGGAGUCAGUUAUCAUAGUAUGCAAUCACUUUCUAAUGGCUGGAAGUGAUACAUGUGCUUCAACUGUUGAGAUCUUCAUGUUUAUGAUCAAUAAUCCAGAUAUCCAGGAGGAGAUGGCUACUGAGCUUGCAAGAGUAGUUGGUAAGGGCAACCGUGCAUCUGUUGAACAUCGUCCAGAAUGUCCUAUCUCCAAUGCAGUGAUAAAGGAGGUGAUGAGAAUAAUUCCAGUCGCUCCACUUAGCCUGCCCCGUCAAGCCAAGGAAUCAAUCAUCAUUGCUGACAAGUACUUCAUUCCCAAGGGUGCAAUGGUAAUCAACAAUCAUCGUGCUGUGCAUCAUAACACUGACCACUGGGACCAUCCAGAGAAGUUCAUGCCCCAGAGAUUCCUGGACGAUGGAGAGACUCACAAUGAUUUCCUCCUACCAUUCAGCUCUGGUCCUCGCAAUUGUGUCGGUCAGAACCUUGCAAUUGAGGAGGUGUUUGUAGCCUGUGCCAACAAUGUACAUGCAUUCAAAUUGAACUCAAUCGAUGGCAAGCCAGUCAAUGAAGAUGAAGUCUUUGGAUUGACCAUCCAGCCAAACCUUUUCCAAGUGUGUCUCGAGGCCAGAUCU